AUGAACUAUGUGUCAGCCCUUUUUAAUAAUCGAGGAUUGAGCCUGGAGAGUUUUAUGGUGACCACCUCGGAAGAUGACACGAAAUUAUACGAUCCUCUCCUAUCACUUCUUCACAAAAUUGGAAGCGUUUCAGCCGAAUCAGUGACAAUCGAAGGUGCGACCCUGGAGACGACCGUAAAAAUUUUGAAACACUUCGAGCCAGAUGUUCUAAAGGAGUUGCAAAUUAGAGCUGUCGAUGAAGCUUCCAUGCAGGAGCUAGUGGGACUUGAUCAGUGGAAAGCAGUUGAAACAUUUAGUUUGUUUCUUUACCCCGAACAAUUUCCUCACUUGGUCAAGCAUCUCAACCACGUCGCAACAUUGAUGGUCGACUUGAUGGGGCACUCUUUAUCGAACGAAGAUAUUGUGAAACUUCGAGAUGAAUUUCUCUCGUAA